AUGCGCGAACUGCUGGUGCCAGGGCCUCAGCGCCUACAGCAACGACUGAUGUCUGUGUUGAGCCUUGAUGCUCAAGAUGCCCUAGCUCUCAUACAGAGGUCCAGAGUGAUGGUUGACGGAAGGAUACAGACAAGAAACUGCUGGGUCGACAGUCACGAGAUCACUGUGAAUGGUCAUUCGCUGGCCCUGUUGGGGAGUUUGGCUUUUUUGGUUCAUAAACCUCAAGGCUAUGCCCUCACAGAGGGCGAUCCCUUGAAGCGACCGACCUAUCAGCAGCUACUGCCGGAUACCACGAUGGUAGCGCGACCACUAGGGCCGGUGGACCUUGCAUCCUCUGGUUUGCUGCUCCUGACCAACAUUCCCGAAUUGCGCCUCGCGCUGGGAGGUCCCGAGCCCAUGCCACUGCCAGCUACCUUCAUGGUGAGGCUCAAAGACCGGCCAACCGGUGUGCAGAUUGCAUUGCUGGAAUCCAAAGCUCCGUAUGAUGAAGCUACGCCUUUGCUUAUUCAGGACAUUACAGAUGCAGAGGAAGAAGCUGAUGAGCUUGAGCAACCCGAAUUGGUGCCUCCUCCAGAUGAUCUUGGAGCUUUGAUGCACUCCAGCAUAGCCCGAUGGCCCUCAACCCCUCGGAGGAAGCAGCACGCGCGGCCAAAGAAGCUGCUACCGAUGCUUUUGAUGGUAGUUUCCGGUGGGACAGCCAAGGGCAUCAGGCAUGCCCUUUCCCUUGUUGAGGCUCAACCACAAGAAAUUUGCUGCAUUCGCUGGGGGCCUUUAAGCUUGGAAGAAAUGAGUGAGCCGGGCUCCAUGCGGCCUUUAUCGCAGGCCGAAGUGCAGACGUUGACUGAUGCUUGUGGGAUCAAAAUGCCUUUGCCCUCUGCAGAGAUUGGAGCUGUGACAAGUGACACACAUCCAAGCUUACAUUGGUUCUGA